AUGUUCGCAUCACAGUAUGCACCACGAAGAAGUCCACCAGCUGUAACAGAUCAAUAUCAUCACAGAGAAAGUAUAUGGAGAGUUUUACUUGAUAUACUUUGUCUUUUAAUAUUACUUAUUAUAACACUUAUUACGCACUUUGUUGCAAAACCCUUUACACGUGGAUUUUCUUGUUCGGAUUCAACAAUCCGAUAUCCAUUAAGGGAUGAUACAAUUCCAGUUUAUGCUGCUGUUUUACUGUCUAUUGGACUUCCACUAGCUAUAAUGUGGUUUACAGAAGUUUUUAAACGAUUCCAUUAUUCAAUAUAUCCAAGACAACGAUUUGUAACACGUUUAGAUUUUUGCGGUAUGCGAUCAAUAAAUAUAUCACCAAUCGUUCGAAAUUUAUAUAUGCUUACUGUUACAUUCGCGUAUGGUUACCUUGCAACUUGGGUUUUAACUGAAAUUACAAAGAAUUUUGUUGGUGAAUUAAGACCAGAUUUUAUAGCUAUAUGUCGACCUAGUUACAAUUGUUCAGCGGUUACAUCAUUAUAUCAAUAUGAUACAUAUCUUCAAGAUACAGUUGAUUAUACAUGUCAAAAUACGGAUACAUCGGCUGUACGAGAAGCACGUCGGUCGUUCUUCAGUGGACAUACUUCACCAGUAUUUUAUGGUUUCGCUUUUUUGAUUAUGUAUAUUCAUGUGGCAUGGUCAUGGCGUCAUCUGGGUAUCAUUGGUCAUUUAUUUCAAGUUGGUCUUGCUAUACUUGCUUGUUAUAUCGGUUACACUCGUAUUAGUGAUUAUCGUCAUCAUUGGUGGGAUGUAUUAGUUGGUGCUAUUGUUGGUUCUUUAGUUGCCUUUGUUACAUUUAAAUUUAUUCUCAAUUGGCGUCAUUAUGUUCCACGAUUUCUACCUCAUACGGUAGAACCUCAGACAGUUGCAUCACCACAGUCUCCAAGAGGAUAUGGUAACUAUCGUCCUCUAGGACCAUAUGGUGAACCUGGACCAAUUCGUCGCUAUUAA